UGCAGUGUCGUAUACUCUUAUUGUGAAAGAGCAAACCGGAAACCUAGACCGCUGCGUUACCCUUGCCAUGGGCACCCAUUCGAUCAACAAAAUGAAGCCUCUAUUAUCAUUUCAAGCAACAGUUGUUUCUUCUGUUUUGUUGUUUGUGUGUGUCGACUUUGGCCGGUGUAACAACGGCAGGAGGGUUGGAGAUGUUAUGGACGCAGAAUUCAAUGACUUCUCUUUCCCUCUAGAACAUUCUUUUGAAGUUGACGAAGUGGCCAAGUUCCAGGUACGUGGAGCUCUGGUGCUGCGAGCAGGUAGGGAGCCCAGCGUGUCCCUAAGUCAGAACCAGCUGUCAGAGGUUGACAGAGUCAAACUAAAGGAAGUGGCUGCAGUGGACGGUCUGUAUCGCAUCCGAGUGCCUCGGGUGUCCCUGCAGGCUGAAAGACAGACGGAGCGGCAGAUGGAAGGUUACCUCACCGCUUUCGUCAAAGCCUGUGCCAUGGUAGAGUCCCACCUGAGCGAUAUCAUCACCCUCCACACCGACGUCUCGGGCUACCUCAUCGGCGUCUCCAUCGUCACAUUACCAGGAGGCUGCGGGGGCGCCGAGGUGGAGGACGAGGUAGAUCUGGAGGUGUUCAACACAACGCUCAGCGUCAUGGCGCCCGUCAACGCGCCCGGACCUGAAACGGCUCUCUUCCUGGAGCGCAUGGAGCAGGAGACGGAGAAAAAAGGGAAGAAUCCGCAGGAGCAGAAAUCUUUCUUUGCUAAAUACUGGUAUUUGAUACUUGGAGGCGCUAUCUUCCUCAUGGCCACCAAUUCGGCACAGCCCCCAGCAGGGGGAGGCAGAGAGCAGAGCUGAUUCCCACUGAAUGGAUGUACAUCGUGCCUCUCGUCCUCUUCCUGAUGAUGUCAGGUGCUCAGGACCAGUCGGGGGGCGGGGCCGGGGGCGGAGCUGGCAACGGAGGUGGACGUUGAUGUCGAACUGCUAACACGUGACUGUUUUUUUUUCCCCUUCCCUGCAAUGAUGUCGAACUGCUGUACUUGAUGCUGUAGUUGACUUUUUAAUACCACUGUGAAGACGGGAGAAUAAAGUAUUUAUUACUCACUGA